AGAACCACGUUCUUCCUCGAAACUGCUGGUGGGCUGAUAAUUCAGAAUCACAAUCCCAUUUCAUAGAAGCGUCUAACUUCAUAGCUAGAGGAAGAACAAAGCUCUGGAGUAACAGAUGGGAGAUCACACAGUGGAUCAAAAUGGCCCUAUGCGGGUGUUGGUGACUGGGGGGACUGGUCUGGUGGGCAGGGCCAUAGAACAUGUGGUCAAAGAAGAGGGAGGGGCCAGGGAGGGAGAGGAGUGGAUCUUCCUCUCGUCUAAGGACGCAAACCUCAUGGACAUGGGUGAGACGCGGGCAGUGUUUCAGAAGCACCAGCCCACCCAUAUCAUCCACCUGGCAGCCAUGGUGGGAGGGCUCUUCAAGAACAUGAGGGCCAACCUUGACUUCUGGAGAAACAACAUCUACAUCAAUGACAACGUUCUGCAGGCAGCACACGAGGUAGACGCUGUCAGGGUGGUCUCCUGUCUCUCCACCUGCAUCUUCCCUGACAAGACCACCUACCCCAUCGACGAGACCAUGAUCCACAACGGCCCUCCUCAUGAGUCUAACUAUGGCUACUCGUACGCUAAGAGAAUGAUCGAUGUCCACAAUAGGGCGUAUCACCAGCAGCAUGGGCGGUGCUACACAGCAGUGAUACCAACCAAUGUGUUUGGUCCUCAUGAUAACUUCAACAUUGAGGAUGGACAUGUACUACCAGGUCUCAUACACAAAGCCUACAUCGCUCAGAAGGAGGGCAGUCCGUUGGUGGUGUGGGGCUCAGGAUCUCCCAGAAGGCAGUUCAUCUACUCGUUGGACCUGGCUCAUCUCUUCCUCUGGGUGCUGAGAGAGUACCACGAGGUGGACCCCAUUAUACUGUCUGUUGGUGAGGAGGAGGAGGUGUCCAUCAAGGAGGCAGCAGAGGCUGUCGUCGAGGCGCUGGGGUUCAAAGGUCAAGUGACUUAUGACACGACCAAAGCGGACGGUCAGUUCAAGAAGACCGCCAGCAACGCCAAGCUGCUGCGGUAUCGCCCCAACUGCACCUUUACCCCCUUCAAACAAGCCUUGAAGGAGACGUGUGAUUGGUUCGUGGCCAAUUACGACAACGCCCGCAAGUGAAUAUUCCUUCAAUCUGAUUGAGUCAUGGGUAACUGCAUACAUGGAGUGUGUCUGAAAGUCAACAAGGGGGAGGAUCAACAGAAGUGGGUGUAUAGAAAGCGAAUCAGCUAAUUGGGCAGAUUUGUUGCCACUCAAGACUGUUUUGCGUGGCUGAUUGGGCUGCACGACGUGUUGAUUUUGAACAACUGUAGCAUUUUAGCUAAGCCUUACCCUUUUCCUAACCUUAACCUCAUUCUCCUAACCAACCUCCAGGGUUGGGUAGGUUACUUUCUAAAUAAUCUAUUAGUUACUAUGUACCUGUCUAAAAAUGUAAUCAGUAACGUCACUUUUGCAUUACCCAAACUCAGUAAAGUAAUCUGAUUACUUUCAGUUACUUUUAGGUGGCGUUACCCCUUAAGACAGGGUUCUU